GAAAUCCUUUCCUUAGACCUCAAUCCGUCAAGAUGGUCCAAAUGUACACCAUUGCCGGUCGCCAAGUUGGCUCACACUUCCUUGCGAUGGCUACACUCAGUCUGUUGGGAGUUGGAUCCUAUGUAGGAAUGGGAGGGUCAGCAGCAAAGAAGACUCAACAAGGACCACCAAUUAAUGCUGGAAGCCCUGACGAGGAGAGCUUUAUCAAGGAUUUCUUAAAGAAUGCCGAGGCGGACGAGAAGAAGGGAGGAAACGAGAAGGCGGCACACUAGAUUUGGGAGUGAUGAUUGAUGCAGAGCGAGGGCUGGACCGUUCGAUACCAUGACGGCCAUUCUGGUGUACAUAUACGUCGAGAAUAGAGAAUUCAUCGUUUGGGAAUUUCUGCUCCGAGAAUCCGAGGCGUUAUGCUGCUCUUACAUAAAUUGAAUGACUUUCCAAGUCUACAAUAGGUGCUCAGAGAUGUUUUCAGACGGUCUUUCUUCACACAACAAGCUGUUGUCGUUUCAUAUCCUCUUGUAUGGUUCAAUUGGUGCGAGGGUACAAUACUUUUAUACAAGACAGGACG